GCUCUGGACAUCUUUGGGUCGGUUUUCCGCAACUAUAAACAGUGUUAGGUGAGUCAGAUGAAGGGGUUCUCUGCAAAAAUCAAAAGCCUUAACGCCGAUCUACCCGUGAACACAAUAAAGUGGACACCAACGAGGAAUAGCCAUCCAACAGCUACUAUUAUCGAUGGACCGCCCCCCACACGCGAGGCCGCCCCGCUCACAGCGAAAUCAGGAUACCACAUCCGCCUAUCCACGUACUCACGAUACUUGUCAUCACCAUCGUCACCACCUGUGUCGACGCGCACACGCGAUGCGCCCGUGUCGACCCCCUGCUGCACGAUGGCGGCGGCGAUGUGCAUGCUGAUGUUGCGGAUGCCCGUGAGGCUCGGGUACACGGUGCCGUGCGCCAGUUCAUCGUCCGUCACCAUCGAUGCAAGCGUCCGUGCGGCCAGAGCAAACACCGAGUCGGGGAUGGUGCGCAGCUUGGCAGAAAUGGCACCUGCAUGACAGACAGACAGACAGGCAGGCACAUGGGGGCAAAUGAGGGCACAUGAGGGCACGAAGGAAUGUGUUGCAUUCACUGAGAAGUAAGUGGUACCUAGGCCAACGCCAGGAAAGACGUAGAGGUUGUUGCCUUGUCCAGGAACCUGUGUGCCACCUACACAGACACGGAGACACAGUGUUGUGCAUCAUGCGGCUGGUUGGCCGGCUCACCGAUGCCGAGUGGCCCUAUGGGGACGGGGGCGAAAGGGCUACCGCUGGCGAAGAUCGUUGAGCUGCCGCCCCACUUGUACGCUGACACACAGCAUCCCUGGCCUUCCUGCAUUGUCUGUCUCUCUGUGUGUGUGCUACCUACCCUCUUCAGCGGUGCAUUCGGACUUGGAUGUCGGGUUUGAAAGAGCGAAGAUGAUCGGCGACUUGCACUGGCUACGCAUCGCCUGCAGACAUGUACAAGAUACAUGAGAGACAAAACUGACACACGGGCUUCUCGUCUGCUCUGUGUGUUGACCUGACCUUGAUGAUUUUCUCAGUGAAGGCGCCGCCCUUUCCACUCAGACCCAGGAGCAUGGUGGGCCUCGCAGCCUUGACCACUGAGAAGCAGACAGGCAAUAAUCGGUGGGGUGUGUUGUGUGCUGAUGGAUGUUGUCCAUCUUUCUCACCCACCUUCGAGGAGUGUGGGCAGCGGCGGGUCGUCUCGCGCGAAUCUCAGCUUGUGUGACUGCAUCGCGCCGCUCCUCUGGGUCGUCACCAGUCCUGAAUGUACACACACGGUCGACCGGUGGAUCGACACAUCACAUAUGUAUAUCUAACAUACUCAUAACUCGGUGGCUGACCUUUUGAGUCGACGAGCCAGAAUUUGUCUUUGGCUUCCGAGUGUGACAUGCCCUUGUCCACCAUGUCCUCCAAUAUCAUGUCGGCAAUGCCCACCGCCGCCGCACCCGCACCGUAGAAGACGAUGGUCUGGUUGGCCCACUCGGACUGCGUGAUGCGCAUGGCGCCCAGAAGGCCCGCCAGAAUGACCGUCCCUGUGCCCUGGAUGUCGUCAUUGAACGACAGCAGCUCAUCCCUGAUACACACGAGGUCGCCGUACACGUUUGUAUGUGACCGGAGGGCACAUCGGUUCACCUGUAUUUGCUGAGGAUGGGGAAGGCGUGGUCGUUGGAAAAGUCCUCCCAUUGCACAAGGGCCGCCGGCCAUCGCCGCCGCACAGCUGACAAACAGACAGACAGACAGACAGUUGAAAAGGUCGGUCGGAAGUGUGCCUGCCUGGCUGUGAUUGGUCUGCUCACCGCUGACGAACUCAUCGACGAUGGCGUCGUAUGCGUCGCCCUGCAGCCGUGGGUGCUUCUCGCCAAUGUACAGCGGAUCCAUCAGCAGCUGCUCGUUGUUGGUGCCCACGUCCAACAUGACUGAUGGGAGUAGCGACACAGAAUGGAUCGGUGUACACACGUUUUCGUGGGGCAGGUGGCUCACUUGGCAGGACCUUGGACGGGUGUAUUCCCGCGGCCGCCACGUACAGCGACAGCUUCCCGAUCGCUAUGCCCAUGCCGCUGAAGCAAUGCACACAGAACACACAUCACUAUUUCACGGACCCACUUAUUAUUGUCUCUUUGUCGCCUCACUUGGCGCCGAGGUCCCCAAGGCCGAGUAUCCGACUGCCAUCUGACAGACACGGACGCGCGCAAUCGACCAGCAACGAUCCCUUUUUGCACGUGUUCGUCGUUCCUUCCUCACCCGUCACGACGAUGAUUUCGACAUUCUUCUGCGGCCACUGCCUCAACACCUCAUAGAAACGACCCUGCAAACAGCAAAGGAGGCCGAAAAGAGCACCUCAGGUGAAUCGCAUGGACACAGCGAGUUGCCAAUCAGUGUACCCUGAGAGAGGUGGACAGGAAGAUGCCCCGCGGCUGCCGAUAAAUGCGGGAAAAGUUCUGAAUGCACAAACGCAGACAGACAGAAUCGAGUGCAUCCCAAAACGCCGACGCUCACGCAUACUGACCUGGCAUGCGAUACCGACUGUGGGUGUGUACACGAUGGGCAUCAUGUCGACCACAUUCUCCACCAGCAGGCGGAAGUAGAGCACCUCUGACCUGUCGUGGAUGGACUCCAGAUACAAAUACCGGUCGAAGUCACUCGUCUGCCGCUCGUAGCCAUCCUGCACACAUACACACAGCAACACAGGGCACACAGGCAGGAAGCUUCAUUGCAAUGUACGAGGGCGUGUGCAUGUUGUCCUCCGUACCAUCAGCCUUAUGAUCUGCUGAUCCAUUGUUUCGCUGCACAGACAAGUACAGAGCCAGCAACGAGUGGCUGCAAUGAUAGUGACAGGUGUCUACGUCACGUACAUGGCUGGCGGCAGAUAUCCGUUCAAAUCAAGGCGGUCUCGCUCAGUGGCCGUGAAGGACAAACCCUGACCAAGCACACACGCACAUGAAGGGAGGGAGGGAGAGGUACCUAAGUAAGUGCCUGUGUGUGUGUGUCCGUGUGUGUGUGUGUGUGUCUGUGAUUGCACCUUGCUUGCGAUAGGAUCACGCAGCACAUUGAGAGCAGAUGAAGACAUUGUGACCAUUGCAUGACUGCUGCGCGACGGACCGACAUCUGAAGCCGCCACCAUUGACACACACAAACACACGCAACACACACGCAGAGCCCAAUCAAUGAAUCAUUCAUGUGAUCUGGUGCUGCCCUCACCUGCAGUGGCGUUUCGCCUGUCGGCCUCCAGCUGGUGCCCAUGCUGCGGAGGCUUCAGGCCUCCUGUGUCGCGCGCAAUCACGUACAAGAUCAGAAUCACACACGGGAAUACACGCAUCAUGCCGAGGUGCAAGUGCUCAUCAACCGCAGCGACAGCGCCUUCUUCUUUUCCCACAUUUGGCA